AUGGGUGGCGAGUGUACCCGAAACGGACAAGGAUAUGGUGAGGCACACGAGCGGCUCUGGGGCUACGACCGCGGCAGCUCCUCGGACCCAGCCAAGAACGCCAGCGCCAACUCCGCGUCCGGUGCGCCGGCCGGCGGCCCCACGGACGCCCAGGACCUCACGGUUUUCGUGCAAAGUCUGUUGGAGCAAAUGCAAUCGCGGUUCGCGCAGAUUUUACUCGACGAAAUGGGCUCGCGCAUCGACGAGCUGGAGAAGUCCAUUGCAGACCUGAUGGAGCAGACAAACGAAGACGGCAACGACAAGAACCAGGAGCCGGCAGCAUCCGCACCCAAGGACAAGGGCGAGAGCGUCUAAGCGGAGCGACUUCGCCAUUACAUGUACACGCCCAUGGCGGUCGAGCGAUAUCAACAAAUACGCAUUUGAAAUUGCUUUGCAUCUUG